UCGUUUCCCGGCGCAACACAAGCCGGUCAGUCGUCAACAGCGCCGCACGUCGUUAAUUCGUUUUCAUUCAGCCCGCUCGCGCGCACGCUCGUGAAAAUAAAUUGAACCCGUAAAAUUGUAAAUUAAAAACGUAUCGACGCCGCAACAUAAUCCUAAUAUUAUUGUCGUCAUUAUUAUUAUUAUUAUUAGUGUUGUCGCGCGGCGGACCGCAACGAUCCGUUUUCGAUACAGACUCUAUAUUUUAUUCUAAUCGCAUUACUAUAUUGGUUUCGGUUUUUGUUUCAAGUUCAAACCGGAAACGUCCCUCCGAGUGCGUCCCGCGAAUCCGACAUCCGCCCGCGUACUGCAGGCCACAAUUAUUCCGACCAAGUGUCGCACGACUUUGAAACCAGCAGCCGUAGGUAUUAUAAUUUAUAUUAUAUACCUGUAAAUACACGUGAGUCGUUAGCGCUGUCCAUCAACCCACUGACUUCUAACAGACAUCGAGCAAACGGCGCCGCCGACGACGACAUGACGACAUCUGCGGCCUGACCCGCCAACCACUUGAGCCGAUUGUCCGUCCGACAGCAAGAACACCGGAGACACUGACACAGCAAUCGACUAACAUAUUAUACUCCGCGACACGAUGAAUCGGUACACUUGCGCGGCCGUUCUGACGGUGGCCGUUGCGCUAUGCUGCGCCGUGGCCGUGGCCGGAUCCGACGAGUCAGCGGCUGCGACCGCCCCGACGACGAUGACGAUGACGACGACGGCGGCGGCGGCGGCGGACGACGGCCACGGUCAACUGAUGGACACGGUGGACGGGGUGUUGGACGCGGCUGACUCGUAUCAGCUGGUGCCCGGCGUCCGGAUCAAGCGGUCCGCCGAGGAUACCGCCGACGCCACGGCCGUUUCUCGAGCCGACCGCGAUCGCGAUCCCGAGAAAUACCUGAUCGACAGGCUGGCCCGUUUCGUCGGCACGCAUGUUCUGGACGUCGAUUUUGCCGAGAUGUUCCAGACAACCGGCAGGGCGUUCAUAAAAUUCCAUCAUCUGCCUAGAUUUAACUUUGGCAAGAAUUCGUUUUUGACCGGUUUUGGAUUGGGUUUUUUGGCGUUUGGCUUGAAGAAAUUAUUGCUGCCGAUCAUCAUCGGAGUACAGAUCUUCAAAUCCGUCGCUCUCGCCGCUCUGUUACCGACACUGUUGGGUAGUGUCGGAAAAGUGGUUUCAAAAGGCGUGUCGAACUUCGCGUCGAGUUCAUCGCACUUUGGGCACAGCGCUGGUUCGGAUGGUUUGAGUGACUUUGAAUUUAAAGACCAACAACAACCAAACGUCGGUCUGGGUUACGACGCGGCUGGCGCCGCGGACACGUCGGGUUCGGAAACGGGUUACCAGAGUAUUUGGACGUAUCCGCCGGAUAACAAUGUGAAUGCGAUCACUGCGAGCUACGGAAGCAGCAACAGGUAUCCGCUGAAAUACGGCCAGAAUAGCGUAUCCGCCACCAAGCUACAGUCGGGCAACUAUUACACCAAGGACAAGACCGAGGACUUUAAGGUGUUCCACACGAUACCUGCCAGUUCGCACCUGUUGGCCAAUUACGAUCCGUUUUACAGUCCACUGUUGUCCAGGAUCGACACAGUGUACAAGCAACUCGGGUACACGACAGAACCUUGCCGGGAACGGUUGGUGUGCCAGAUGUACAAGAACCCAGCCAAGUUCGCGCCGUACAGCAAUCUCGUCUCGGCGCAGCUCAGCAGAGAGCUAAACGAAUUGCGCAAACCAUCGUCCGAGAACCCGGAGAUUUUGCGAUUUUUCAAGUACAUGAAAGCCGCCAAAGACGGUCAAGACAACAAAGACUGCGAGAUGAUUUUCUCGGCAUGUGUGUCCCAAAGGUCACCAGACGAUUCGGUGCCCAUGAUGACUACUUACAACGAGAUCAACAAACUGGUACAGGCCCGAAACGCUAAGAAACUGGCGGAAUCGUCCACAGUCUCCGAUGGGGUGAAGUCGGAAUCGGCCACAGUCUCCGACGGGGUGAAGUCAGGAUCGUCAACCGUUGCAGACGAUGUAAAGUCGGAAUCGUCCACCGUCGCAGACGACGUAAAGUCGGUAUCUUCUACCAUCACCGGCGUAGAGUCGGUAUUGACACAUUGAAGUGAACAGACGACGGUUUUUUCCGAUCCAUGACGCAGCGUGGCAGCAUAUAUUCAAAGUCAUUAGGAAAUAUAUACGAUACCUCGUCCAGCUCAACAUAGUUUUAUAGUUGUAGUUAUUUUGUAUAGUUACGGUUAUAGUUAGUAUGCGCAAUGCGCACAUAAUAAUAUUAUCGUAGGAUGAUAGUUAUUUAUUGAGCGCACGGUAUACUGUUAUAUUAUUAUGUUAUCGGUAUAACGCGCGAGUCGUAUUUUUAUCAUAAUAAUAAUUUAUUGUGUAUACUCCGUAAACAUAAUAUUUCGAUAAUUUGUCAUAGUUUUCGCUCCUAGUCGAAUUGGGUGCAUAAAAAUAUUAUAGAUAAUAUUAUAAUAUUCUAUGUUCGAUCGAAACACGCAGAGUAGGUACCAGCGGAGUACUGGAAUCGUCGUACCUUUGACAAAUUCAUCGAAUUUUAUGUUUUCGAUACCUAUUAUAUAUAUUAUAGUUUACUGCCAAAAUGGUUUUUAUCAAUUUGGACACACGUUGUCUGUGGAAUUCAUCUCAAGUUCAGACGAAAUACGAAAAACGUAUUUUGAGUCCCAUCCUUGGCACCUCUAUUUAUUUAUUAACUAAUUAUUUAUUUAUUUGAUUAUUUAUUUAUUUAUUUAUUUAUCCGAUUUUGGGUUGCUCAACUCGAAGCGAAGAACGAAAGUACUUACGUGGAAAAAAUGUUUUCGAAACGGUUUAAAAUAUUAUUUAUGAUAUCGAUACAAUUAUUAUGUAAAUACAUCGAUGUUGCUUAUUUAGGUAGGCCAUAUAUUAUUGUUACGAUGAUAUUGGUUUAUAAUAAACAGUAUUCCUAAUUUUUAAACGAAAAACAUUUCGAGACGUUACAAAGAUUUCCGAAUACCUAGGUAGAUCAUAUUUUGAACUCGCAGUAAUAAUUAUAAACUAUAUAUUUUAUACGCAAUGUUGAGUUCAAAACAAUAGUGUCUAACGUAACAUCUAUUGAUUGGUGUUACACAGAUCUACAUUAUAAUAAUAAUUGCGUGAUAUGAUAUUAUUUGUUAUCAGUAAAAUUAAGUGCUUAAUUUAUUUAUAUCAGUGAUAUUAUUAUAAUAUUAGUUGUUUAACUUUAUACUGUAUUACAUUUUCAUUUAUAGAGCAUGAAAGAUCCGAUUUAUUUUACAUGUCUAAUAUAUACUGAUGACUUAAUAGUGAUUUUGGCCACAGAUAAUAUAAUCGUAUCAUCCAACGCGUGUAUUUAUUUCAUGAUAAUAUAAUAUUGUUUCAAAUCAAUUAUUAUUAAUAUUAAUAUAUUUAUUUUGUUUUAUAAUUAUGUAAACACAAAACACAUAUGAUGUAUAGCCAUACAAUGUAGAUAGAGUAUAACAUAGAAUAAUAAUAUGAUAGUUGUGUAUUUAUCAUUGAUGUAUUGAGUGCACAUCUAUGCAUAAAUAUUAUUAGUUUUAUUAUAGUCAGUAUUUUGUAAUUUAUUUGUGCACUAAUCAAACGCAGUUGUUUUUAAAACCAUGUUUUUUAAUCGAAUUUAUAU